AUGAGGUUUCUAUGUCUUCCGGGAGCCUAUGGCAGCUCCGAUAAGUUUCAAGUGCAGUUGGCACCUUUUGUCAAGGAACUGACUGAAGAUGGGACUGCUACCUUCCACUUCAUCCAUGGGCCCUGCAAGGCAGUCCCGCCGGAGGGGUUUGAGGAGUACUUUGGCAAGCCGCCGUAUUUCCGCUUCAUCGAGCCGGACAACGACCUGGAGAAAAGCAAGGAAGACGACAUUCUCGCGAGAAUUCGAGACUUUCCGCAAUGUGAGACGCCCGAGGACACCAUGCGGGAGCUGAUGCGAGAGGGCAUCGCGACGACGCACCGGAGCACCAACAACGCGCUCAAGUACUUGCUCAAGAUCAUGCAGGAGCGCGGCCCGUUCGACGGCAUCAUCGGCUAUUCGGAGGGCGCGACGGUGGCUGCCACGCUUCUUCUCCACGAACAGAGAAGGUUCAGGAAGAAGGGGAUCAAGCCCAUGUUCAAGUAUGCCAUCUUCUUCGCCGGAUGGCCGCCAGUCGACCCGGACAGCCACAAAAUAAUUCUGAGCGACGAGUCUGACGCCAUGAUCGAGAUUCCGACCUGCCACAUCAUUGGCUCCCUCGACCCCUAUGUGCACGGGUCUUUGGCGCUCUACAAUGUUUGCGACCCGGAUACCGCGUACAUGUUUGAUCAUGCGAAGGGUCACACCUUGCCUCGAGACAAGGACACUGUCAAGGAGCUUGGGGAUGUGGUUCGAGAGGCCAUCAAAACCUAUGGUAUUCAUUCCUGA